CUAAAAACUGAUAUUUUUUCUUCCCAAAUUUAAGAGAGCUUAUUAAUAAUACCGUCGUACGCGUUUCAAAUUAGCCUUUCCCAAGCAUCUUGUUUGUAUCAUAAACAAUCCAAGAAGAAAAGGUAAAAAAGUUAAAAAAAGUCUCAAAUCUUAAGUCAUUUUUUUUAUUAAAAGCAUUUCUCAAUAAUUAUUAAUCCAAACAUUCUUUGAAUCUUCUAUCUUCUCUUCUAUAAUAUGAUCUUGAUACCACUUCACAUGGGAGAGAGAAAGAGCAAGAGGAGAGAGAGAAGACCUAAACCCACUUGGCUCCAAUAAUUCAAAAGAAAUAAAAUCUUCUCUUUCUCAAAUCUGACCGAAGCUCCAAUGAGAUCGGCUCAAGAAGAGAUGGAUCUUGAGGAAUGGGAGUUACUCCCCAGUCCCAGGAACAGCUUCAAGGUUCUUGAUCACGACGAGGAUCAUCAUGGAGACAUGGUGAUGGAUUACUUCCUCUGCCCAUCCAUUCAAGAACCUCUCCAGAAACUAGAGUCUCCUCCAAGAUCCGGAGUAGACCCCACAAAGCUCAUCCAAGUUCCCAUAGCUUGGGAGCCCGUGUUGGAUCACGAGAGCAAGAAGAUACCCAAUGACCCGGAUCUUGAUCCGGAUCCAACACAAACCCUUUUGGCGGACUCUGUUCUGUCACCAACGGUAUCCUUCAAGAGUACGAAGGAAACCGAAUUUGCCGACAUGAAAAUUGACCCAUCAGCGAGGAUCACAAGUCCUGUGAAGCCCUCUGAUUCUGAAGGGAGUGAAGACUUGCCAGACAAGAAAGAAAAUGAUGAUGUGACGAGUGAUCAUAGUGGUGAGAAGGCUAAUCUGUGGAAGAUUGGUCUGAAUGGGAUCGGAGCAAUAUGCUCUUUUGGUGUUGCAGCAGCUGCAGCUACCGUAUGUGUCUUAUUGCUCGGACACAACAACAUCAAAGUUUGUAAGAACAAGAACAACAAGCUUAGGUUUCAGAUUUACUCCGAUGAUAAUAAGGGGAUGAGGGAAGUUGUGAAUCAUGCAACAAAGGUCAAUGAAACAAUCUUUGCCAUGAAAGGUGUUCCUGUCGUAAGAGCUCAAAUAUCUUUUGGAGGUCACUAUAAUGGACUUUGAAUCUCAGCCAUCCGUAAUCAUCUAUGGAAUCAUAGGGUCAGCUCGGGUCUAAUUUAAAUCACUCACCAGCUUCUUCAUAAGUUCAAUAGUUUUUUGUUUGUUUGUUUGAAAAGCAUAAGUUCAAUAGUUAAUAGCGUGCAUGCAUGAUUAUUGUCUAUAAAUUUUGUAAAUAAACUUAUUUUGUUAAAAUCAAAUUUGUGAGUAGAUCAUUGUAAAAUCUCACGUAAAUUUUAUUUGUCGUUGACGAACUCAAAUAUCUUUCUGUA